AUGACGAAACCGGGGCAAACCAAUACCGGUAAUAGAAGUAGAAGCGAACAAAACGCGUUUGCGAAUAACGUAGGCGCGAGUAAAAGUUACAACAACGCGAUAAAUCGUGAUAGGGCGUACGCGUAUAACGAAAGACCACAAUCUUACGAGAGAAGUGGCAAAAGCGCAUUACCACAGAUACGAGGUGACUCGUACAAACUUUCUCCCGGUAAACUCGCUGAAGGUAAGCGUUAUAAUUAUUAUGACAGAGAGAGACAACCCAGUGUCACAAUUACGGAGGUCACUAGUGAUUGUGAAGAAAACGCGACACCGCGAACAAAUUCCGCGUACAGAAAGACCGAUCGUGAUACGGAGAGCAAGCGACGUUACACUGACGGACGCGACAGACUUCCGACGACGGAGACGCGAAGUACAAAUGCGAUAGACCGCAAUAAAUUUAAAAAUUAUCCGAGGAAAGUAGCUUCUAUCGGAAUUAAAAAUAAAGAAAAUAGCGAAAAACUAGAUCCGGUAUUAUCAUCAAUGGAUUUCUACAAGCCGGUCACAAAAUAUUUAAGUAGCGAUGACGAGAGCGACGAGGAAGAAAUACCCGUCGAAGAAGCUACAAUUUUAAGCGAGGAGGAGUUUCAAUUAUUAGCGUACGGUAACUACGACGAACAUAGGUUCGAUAGAUCGCGAGAUUUACACUGCGACAAUGACGAACGUAACGCUAACUUACCACAUUUGAACCGCGAAGUCAAAAUUAAUCGCGAAGAAAAAAUAGAAUACGUCGAGGAUUCUGAUUACUACGACGAUCCCGACUCGGACGACGAAGACGAGCCGGAAAACAGUAAAUAUACCGAUAUAGAUAUAAACCUCAUACGUUUGAUUAAAGCGCGAUAUGACAAGGAUGACGAGGAGCGCGACAAUGACGAGGAGCGCGACAAUGACGAGGAGCGCGACAAUGACGAGGAGCGCAAUUAUGACGAGGAGCGCGAUAUUGACGAGGAGCGCGAUAAUUAUGAGGAGCGCGAAAGUGACGAGGAGUCAGCCCGUUACGAUAGUGACGAGGAGCGCGAAAGUGACGAGGAGCCGUGCGAAAAUACCGUAGUUUACGAGGAGUACGGCGGAGAGAGAAAAGAGCGACUCGAUCAGAAUAGAUAUACAUACGUAGGGAAUAAAAUAUACGUUAGCGACGAAAGCGCGAGCGAAGAAAGUGACAGCGAGUCACAAUUUAUCGAUAAGUCGAUAGGGAAUAAAGAAAAUAUGCUUAUCCCAUCCUUAAAUCCCAUCGUAGGCGUAGACAACGCUCACUUGAGAGCGAAUUAUUUAAUAAAAUUGAAGGAAGAACUGCUAACAGUUGCAGAUUCUCUCCGAUACAUCACGAAAAGUUGUCCGUAUAAGAACAACAUGUUAAGCGACUUAAAUAGUAUAGAGAAUAAAAUAGCGUUAAAGCGCAGAGAGGAGCUCAGUUUCGUAGAGAAAAGUACGUUAGAAAAAUUAGGAUAUUAUACCGGCGUGUUAAAAGAUAAAGUAGUAGAAGCCGGAGGCGAUUCUGCGAAACGAGAAAAUAAAAAUGAGAGCGGUAGAAAGAAACCGGUAGUCAGGGAAAUAGAAUAUUUAGAUAGCCCGAUAAUAACCUCAGAGAGGAAAAGUAAGAUAAGAGCGCGAGAGAAAAUCGCAAAUAGAUUAGACGCGAGUAGCGAAAUAGACGUUGUAAACGUUAGUAGCGAAGCGCGAAUAGAGUUAGGGCAGCAAGAAGAAGAGACGACUUACCGGAUAUCCAUGCCGAUGAGACGAUGCUGUACAUCCGAGACGAUGACGAGAUUCCGGAGCAUCAGACGAUGA